UGUUGGUCGGCGAGUGUGAAAUUGAAUAAAAAAAGUAUUAAAAAUUGUGCAAAGUCAAUUGUUUGCUUAUUGUCAUGGUGUUGUCAUUCCCGUGGUGUGUGGAUUAUUUUGAUCAUUUAAUAUACGAGUGAAGUGUUCUAAAGACACGAGUUAAUGAAUAUACAUAGAAAAUAUUUAUAUGCUUUAUAAAUACGAAUACUUGUGUACCCGUUAUAACAAAAUUGUGUUAUAAUGGCCCUUGGAACGCAAAACGGUGCCGUUGCGACCCAUACCGAAAAGGCCCCCGUCGUAAAUGGAACCAACAUGGAAACACUACCGAGGGCCGGCAAACAGUCUGACCCCAACACUGCGUUUCUGCGGGCUGCCAGGGCUGGACACCUGGGCGCAGCUCUCGAGUUUUUGGAGCAGGGCACAGUCACCGACAUCAACGCUGCCAAUGCGAACGGCUUGAACGCUUUGCAUCUGGCAGCUAAGGACGGUCAUUUGGAAGUAGUGCGUGAAUUAUUGCGCCGCAAUGCCGAUCCCGACGCCGCCACCAGGAAGGGAAACACUGCGCUGCACAUCGCUUCGCUGGCCGGCCAAGAGGAGGUGGUGCGCGUGCUUGUGCAGGCCGGAGCCUCGGUCAACGUUCAAUCUCAGAACGGAUUCACACCGCUCUACAUGGCGGCGCAGGAGAAUCAUGACGGAUGCGUCAAAUAUCUAUUGGCUAAAGGAGCUAAUCAAACACUUGCAACUGAGGAUGGUUUUACGCCUUUGGCUGUUGCCAUGCAACAAGGACACGACCGCGUAGUUGCGGUCUUACUCGAGAACGACUCACGUGGCAAAGUGCGUUUGCCGGCUCUGCAUAUCGCUGCAAAAAAAGACGACGUUAAGGCAGCUGUAUUAUUAUUAGAGAAUGAACAUAAUCCUGAUGUAACAUCGAAAAGUGGUUUCACUCCAUUACAUAUUGCAGCGCAUUAUGGAAAUGACAAUAUCGCAAAUCUUCUGUAUGAGAAGGGCGCAGAUGUCAACUUCUCCGCCAAACAUAAUAUAACUCCAUUGCACGUCGCUUCUAAAUGGGGUAAGAUAAAUAUGGUAUCGUUGCUGAUUUCAAAAGGAGCAAAUAUUGAGAGUAAAACCCGCGACGGUUUAACACCUCUUCAUUGCGCAGCCAGAUCAGGUCAUGAUCAAGUAGUGGAUAUGUUACUUGAAAAUGGAGCCCCGAUACAAUCGAAGACUAAGAAUGGCUUGGCGCCGCUACAUAUGGCAGCUCAAGGCGAGCACGUGGACGCAGCUCGUAUACUUCUUUACCACCAGGCGGCCGUCGACGAUGUUACUGUGGAUUACCUGACCGCCUUACAUGUGGCCGCGCAUUGUGGUCACGUGCGUGUCGCCAAGUUGUUAUUAGAUCGAAAUGCAAAUGCCAAUGCUAGGGCCCUUAAUGGUUUUACGCCUCUGCAUAUAGCCUGUAAAAAGAAUCGAAUUAAAGUCGUAGAAGUAUUGCUGAAACAUGGUGCAAGCAUAAGCGCAACGACAGAAAGUGGUUUGACUCCCCUCCACGUUGCUAGUUUCAUGGGGUGCAUGAACAUCGUUAUAUUUUUAUUACAAAACGAAGCGAGCCCCGAUGUGCCAACUGUUCGCGGAGAAACUCCUCUUCAUUUAGCUGCUCGAGCUAACCAGACGGACAUCAUACGCAUAUUAUUGCGUAACGGAGCUAUCGUGGAUGCGAAAGCUAGGGAGGAGCAGACGCCGCUUCACGUUGCUUCACGUUUGGGAAAUGUGGACAUAGUCACGCUGCUGUUGCAGCAUGGCGCUAACAUAGAUGCGACAACUAAAGAUCUUUAUACUCCGCUGCAUAUUGCGGCUAAAGAGGGGCAGGAAGAAGUGACUAAUACUUUAAUCGAAAACGGUGCUUCUUUGAAUGCGACUACAAAAAAAGGUUUCACACCUUUGCAUUUAGCUGCCAAGUAUGGAAAUAUUCAAAUUGCUAAAUUGUUGCUCCAAAAAAAAGCUCCUGUAGAUGCUCAGGGCAAAAAUGGCGUAACUCCUUUACAUAUCGCGAGUCAUUACGAUCAUCAGGAAGUAGCUUUAUUACUUUUGGCUAACGGCGCCUCACCAUUGGUGACUGCAAAGAACGGCCAUACACCUUUGCACAUAGCUGCCCGGAAAAAUCAAAUGGAUAUUGCUACGACUCUUCUCGAUCAUGGAGCACCUCCGAAUGCUGAAAGCAAAGCCGGUUUUACUCCUUUGCAUCUGAGUUCUCAAGAAGGACACACUGACAUGUCAGCCCUGCUUUUGGAGCACAAAGCUAAUGUCAACCAACCCGCUAGAUCAGGACUCACUCCACUUCAUCUUUGUGCGCAGGAAGAUCGAGUGCCAUUAGCAGAAAUUUUAAUCAAUAGCGGAGUUGAUGUCAAUGCUGCUACGAAACAAGGUUACACGCCCUUACAUAUUGCCAGUCAUUUUGGCCAAGUGAAUAUGGUUAGAUUUUUGCUCGAAAACAAAGGAGAGGUUGAUGCUAAAACAGGAAUUGGUUAUACGCCGUUGCAUCAAGCUGCUCAACAAGGACACACAUUGAUAAUUAAUUUAUUAUUAUCGCACAAAGCAGAUCCAAAUGCAGUAACCAAUAAUGGACAAACGGCUCUAAGUAUCGCUAAUAAGUUAGGAUAUGUCACUGUAGUGGAAAGUCUGAAAAUUAUAACUGAAACAAAUAUUACAACUAAUUAUACUACUACUAUAGAAGAGAAGUAUAAAGUAGUUGCACCAGAAGCCAUGCAUGAAACAUUCAUGUCGGACUCGGAAGAUGAAGGUGGUAAGUACUUAUGUAAAGAAUAUACAAUGUGCUUUCGAUAUAUGGUUUGUUUAUCAAAAAAACAGCGAUUUCUAAAACUACUAUUAUCAUGCAAUAGAGAAGAUCCAAUGUUGUCAGAUCAGCAACAAUAUCGUUAUAUGACUGUUGAUGAUAUGAAGUCCAUGGGCGAUAUGUCAAUGCGCUUGGAUACAACUCAUGAUGAUGCGCACGAUAAUCGACAUUCUAUGGCUCCAUCCAUAAUUAACGAAGCAGCUGUGAACCGACAUUACAACAAAGAAAAUUAUGCUAUGAACACUCAACCUUUGGGUGCUCCAUACAACGUGAAUAUUGCCAAAAAUCCUGUUCAUAUAGGUUUCUUAGUAUCGUUUCUUGUGGAUGCCCGUGGUGGCGCAAUGCGCGGCUGUCGCCAUAGCGGUGUGCGAGUGAUCGUUCCGCCGAAAUCGGCACCGCAACCGACGAGAAUCACCUGCCGCUAUGUGAAGACUCAUCGGGCACCGCAUGCACCACCACUCAUGGAGGGAGAGACCUUGGCCAGUCGGAUCUUGGAAUUGGGUCCCAUCGGCGCUAAAUUUUUGGGGCCAGUAAUUUUAGAAGUACCCCAUUUUGCCUCUUUGCGGAAUAAAGAACGUGAAAUAGUAGUAUUGCGUUCUGAGAAUGGUGAAACAUGGCGGGAACAUACGUUACAAAAUAGCGAAGAAGCUGUGCAAGAUGUACUGAACGAAAGUUUUGAAGGAGAUGACCUAAAUUGUUUAGAAGAUCUUCAUACCAAUCGCAUUUGUAGAAUCUUAACUACAGAUUUUCCUCAUUAUUUUGCUUUAAUUUGUCGCAUCCGACAAGAAGUCCAUGCUAUUGGUCCAGAAGGUGGCACUGUAUCGUCCUGUGCAGUUCCACAAGUUCAAGCAGUAUUUCCGGCAAAUGCGCUGACGAAAAAGAUUAGAGUAGGAUUGCAAGCACAUCCGAUAGAUACGGAAAUGACCGCGAAAUUGUUUGGAAGAGGCGUUGCGGUAUCUCCUGUGGUGACUGUUGAGCCUCGAAGACGUAAAUUCCACAAAGCCAUCACUCUUAGCAUCCCUGCUCCUAAGCCCCACAGCCAAGGAAUGAUUAAUCAGUAUUCAGGAUCAGCACCAACACUUCGUCUUCUGUGUUCUAUAACUGGAGGGCAAAAUCGUGCAGUAUGGGAAGAUGUUACUGGUUCCACACCUUUAACUUUUGUCAAAGACUGCGUAUCCUUUACAACCACAGUAUCGGCUCGAUUCUGGUUGAUGGAUUGUAGAAAUAUCAGUGAUGCCACUAAAAUGGCCACUGAAUUGUACACUCAAGCAUCUCACGCUCCAUUCAUGGCCAAGUUUGUUGUAUUUGCAAAACGGAUCGACACACAGUUGGCUCUCAUUCGUGUGUUUUGUAUGACAGAUGACAAAGAAGACAAAACAUUAGAACACCAAGAACAUUUUAUAGAAGUUGCCAAAAGCAGAGAUGUCGAAGUUUUAGAGGAAAAUAACAUUUAUAUGGAAUUUGCAGGAAAUUUAGUACCUGUUAUGAAAUCAGGAGACCAGAUUCAAUUGAAAUUCAAAGCAUUUAAAGAAAAUAGAUUAGCAUUUACAAUUCGUAUUAAAAACGCUGAUGAAAGCAGUACUGGCAGAAUGUUGUUUAUGAGUGAACCUAAAGUUGCUAAAGGUGAACCAGUGCAGACACCUAUUUGCAACUUGAGCGUUGUUCUUCCGGAUCAAAUUAUUCCACAAAAUACUGAUAAUGACUUAUCAUCUUUAACUGGUAUGAAUUUAGGAUUUUUCCGGGAUAGUGUCUCAAGUCAACCAGAUAUUAUACAUAGGGCUGAUAUUAGACUGGCUGAUAUAUGCAAUUUACUUGAAAAUGACUGGGUCGAACUUGCUCAAGAACUUGGUAUAUCAGAAUCUGAUAUCAAUUUAGUUAAAGAGCAAUAUCCAAAUAAUGUAUCACAGCAAGCAAUGGUUAUGAUUAGGCUUUGGCUACGACAAUCAGCUAAUAGUUGUUCAGGUAACACGUUGGAAAAAGCGCUACACAAAAUAAAUCGUUCAGAUAUUGUUAAAAAAUGUAUUUGCAAUAUUGAACUCAUCACCGAUGAUACAGAGAAAGCUGCAGCCAAAGUUGAGUUAGAAAAGUCUGGAUUUGAUGUAUUAAAUGAAGAAUUAGGUUCGUCCAGAGAUUUCUCAUCUGGUCAUAAUUUAACAUCAGAUCAGUCUGUCAUAGAAAUUCAGAUAUGAAAGAAGAAGAUUUAUCAGCUGAUAUGUUUCCAAGUCACUCGGAGAGCGAAUUUUCAGUUAAUGUAACAGAGGAUGUUGAUGCCAAAAUAGAAGACCAGGCCAGUGAACUGUAUGAGAAUCAAUCAGAGAUUGAACAAACAG